GUCCGUUGCUUUCGUGCCGACACAUGGUGAUUCAUGGUAAACCUGGCUCGGAACCGAUCUCGCAUCUCGCAUGCUACCCCACAUAGAUCUAUUGACACCGCUUCUUCUAUUCCGACCCCACUGGUUAAAUCAACUUCUGUGAGUGGAUGGACGAACAGCUUGAUGACACUGUGCCCAAAUUGUUGGGCGGGAGGUUACCUGGGGAAGGUAUCCAUCUUUUUCAGCCACUUUUGAGAGGAAAAGCCUCGGUCUGUUUCCGGUAGACACGUCGCUUCUACCUUGUCCUAACGAGCGAGACUCAAUUUCGACAAGCAAUGGCUGAGUUUGACCCGCAGAAGAAGUACCAGGAGCAACAAGAGAUAUUUUUCGAUGAUGGGCGUGAGAGAGAACUCUUACAAUUCAUCCACAACAAGCCGGAUGUCGAGGAUAUGCGAAAUUCACCGCAUAAAGUACUGGCGGCUAUCGACCAAUUUGCACGCACGCAGAAAUACCUCAUGAAUGUGGGAGAAGACAAAGGCCGGAUUGUGACUGACCUGAUAGCCGAAGUCAAGCCCCAGGUCAUGGUCGAGCUCGGCGGUUACGUUGGGUACUCGUGCAUCUUGUUUGGGGACGCCCUCCGCAAGGCUGGUGGCAAAAGGUACUUCAGCCUUGAAAGAAAUCCCGAGUUUGUCAAUGUGAUCUCUUCUCUGGUCGACCUGGCUGGCUUGAGCGACAUCGUCAAAGUCAUCGAAGGCUCGAGUGAUGCCUCCAUCAAGGAGUUGCAUGCCACAGGAGCCCUGCAGCACAUCGACCUCAUGUUCCUGGAUCACUAUAAGCCUGCAUACACCACCGACCUGAAGCUCUGCGAGGAGCUGAACCUGAUUACUCCGGGCUCCGUCCUGGCCGCCGACAAUGUGAUCAAACCCGGGAAUCCACCGUACCUAGAAUACGUGCGGAGCAGUGUUGAGGAGAAGAAGCAGGCAACGCAGAACGCACAGACCGUCAAUGGUGUCGACACGCGCUUUGCCGAUCGGACAGUCAAACAGUACCUGAGAAGGGAGGGUGAAGCCAAACUGGACGAGACAAGGGUGGGCAACCCGCUGCUCAUCUAUGAAAGCAAACUCGUCCACAGCUUCGAACCGUCGGGAGUGCCAGACGCUGUUGAAAUCACGAAAUGCGUUGGAGUGGCCGAAGAAGGCUGAUAUAUGCGUAUGUAAAAUCAAGAAUAUAGGACAGAUCUACACACCCUUUGAGUACGUGGCGCGCAUAU